AUGCCUGUAACAAUCUCUGUCGCCAAUCAUCCAGCAACCACUUGGAAAGCCUCCAAGGUUGGAACAACAGAAAGUCUCUUGGAGAAAACCUCUCCUCGAGACUAUCGCCGCUGCCAACGCAUUAUCAGAACCUCAUUCACUCCGUCCCUUCUGCAAGAGAAUCACAUCUCCCCAUCCGAGAACGGCUUUGUAUGGUCUGCCUACCAUGCCUACAGCCAGCAUCACCACCUAACUAUCCGUCCUGAAGACGUCUGGUUCUCCAUCUUGACCCAGAUAAGCUUUUUCAUCAACGCCAACGCCGAAGAGCUUCGAUCCUUUUUCGUAGCCCAGGAGGGCAAGAAAGAGCUUACGGUCUUUGAGGCUGGGGACCUAGAGAGCGCUAACAUCGGGGCUAUGGCUCAACGGCUGGCAGGGCUUGUGAGCAAGAAUGUCAAAGACCCCGAACUUGGGGAUUGGGUCAUGCCAAGCUUCUCGACAACAACCGAUACUGACCGAGUGGUUGCUUCUGUCCUGUUCAUGGGAGCUAUGCAGAAGUACUUUUCCUACGGAAUGUGUUUAACUUGUGGAAUCCCUUCUGUUACGCUGCUGGGCGAGAUCUCAGAUUGGGAAGCUAUUCUGACGAGAUUAGAUCGGCUUGAUCAAUUGGGAAAGGAGCCUUCAGAGUUUGCCGAGAUGCUGAGGCCCAUUCUUGAACACAUGAUUUUGUCUUUUGAGAAGCCAGAGGAUGCGAAGGUUACCCGAUUCUGGAACACUAUCGCCACGCGAAAUCCUGUGGGUAGCGGUACCGAUUACAUCACAGGCUGGAUCACAGCCUUUUGCUUCUGGGACGAACAAGGGAAACCAAAAUACCGUAACGAGAAAGACGUACUUGCUGGUGUAGCAUACCCGUCUGUCGACAUCGAUAUGGUCACCGUCGGAGUUGCAUCAGUGCCGGUCAAGAUCAAUGAUAACGGGAACUUAAUUAGCAGCAUGAUGGUCGCUGGUUCAUUUGGCGUCCAGGCAACAACAAAGACUCAGGACAAUUCGACAGAGGAAACGUCUUCGGCUAGGGACGAAUCGAGAACACGACUUCGCAGUCUUGUCGGUUCUCAAGAGGAAUCGACCGAAGCUACAGGUCCUGAUCCAGAACUCAAUGCAAUCCAACCCCUUGCGGGUUGGCUCAUGUAUGAGGACGAGGCCAAGGAAGCAAUCGAGGCGAGGGAGGAGAAGAAGAAAGCUUUACGUGAUGAGUUGGCGGAACUUGAGAAACUGCCCGAUGGACCAAAUGACUUUGCUCAGGGUAGGAAGUUACAAAGAAUGAUUACACUAGAAGGGAAAAUCCAAGAGCUGGAGGCAUUUUGA